AUGCAACCAACGAAACGAAAACGCACGUCUGGCUUGACAGGCAUAGAGUUGGCGAUAGCCCUGGCCGCCCUCAAGAAGCUGGCGGAAAAAGCACGACAAGAAUUGAUUAUGAAUGCGAUGCAGCCUGUGGCGGAGGAGCAGGACCCGGAGUUGGAAUUGGUUGAGGAGGCAGAGGCCACGGUUCUUACACAGAUCGAAGAACUGAUGGCAGUCCUGCAAGCAAGAGCUGACGGCCCACAGUCGUAUUCGUUCUCGGGGAUGACCGGGGAACUUCUUGAAGACUUAAAGAUACAAUUUAGCGGUACACUCGCGCUGAAGGGCGAUGCCCCUGGCCGUGGGGCCUUGACGGACAAUCUUGGAAACGAUAAGCUCUGGUCCGCGACCACUCUCCUUGCCCAUCUUCGUUUUCUUGAAGAACUUGUUCCGCGAUGUAAUGUGGCCGCAACACGUCUCUGGAUCAAUGCAUUCUUUUACCGUGUCUCUGCCAUGAUUCCGGAACAUUUGAAGAUGGCUUUAAGCAUUGAACAAGUUGUCCACAAGAGCCCGCACACAUUGUCCGGCUUCAUUGAUUUUACAGCCGCAGUGAUGGUCCCGGCACAGUUGGGCUCUUUCUUAGAGCGACCUGUCUUGCGGCCUAAUGAUUCGGUGUUGUUUGUCUCGGAAGCCAAGGAUGUAAGUAUCGACCUCAAAAAGCACAUUCCUCAGGCAGUCGCAGAGAUGCUUGGAUGCGCAAGACGUGCGGGGAAAAAGAUUGUCAAGGGUGUUGUGACGGAUGGACGAAGUUGGAUAUUCCUCAUCCUUACCCUGCAGGACGACGGAACCGCUACCUAUGUUCGAUCUGUUGAGAUCAACUAUGGACGUUUUACGACACGCCCCUCCCAGGAGGGGGUUUCCUUGAUCUCUGCCAUUCUCGCUCAUUGGAUUCUCCAUAGUCAUGAGGCGUUCAAUGAACCCACUGAUUUCUUCCUGGCGCCCAUAUAG